ACUCCACCUCCGCAACAACCCUCGAGCAGUGCUCAUCGCAUAAACACCCACUCCUUACAUCCCAUAUCUGUUUAUAUUGCUGUGCUUCUUGUACUUACUUAUUAGACUCUUCCUCCCCAAAGCUGUUCAUCCAACCACGAGCCAUUCAUUGAGAAGUCUGGUACUGUUCUUAUUGAUGGCAACUAUCGUAUCUGUCCUCAUCUCGCCCUAGUACUGAUAGGCGGGUAUUUCGAUUUGCGGUCCCUCCCAUUAUGCGUCUAUCGGAAAGUGCAACGGUAGCCUUUGGCCUUCUUUGUGCCGCGACGGCAUCCCUCCAUCCUCGCCGCUCCUAUGAGACGCGCGACUUCUUCGCUCUUCAUCUCGACGAAUCCGCCUCCCCAGAUGAAAUCGCUCGACAGCUCGGUGCACGCCACGAGGGGCAAGUGGGGGAACUCAACCAGCACCACACUUUCUCCAUACCGAAGGAAAACAGUGCAGACCUAGAUGCACUGCUGGAACAUGUACGGGGUAGAAGGAAAUCACCUCGUGCCGGAGACGAACACGACAAAACAUUGGACGAGAAGGAUAGGAAUUUGCAUGGUAUACUUUGGUCCCAAAAAUUAGCCCCUAAGAAGCGACUAGUAAAGAGGGCUCCUCCAGUGGACAUCGUCUCGAGGGCGCCUAGGAAAGAGGAGGACCCCGUCGCUGUCCAAGCUAAGAAGCAAGUUGCCUCAUCACUUGGGAUUGCGGACCCCAUCUUCGGCGGCCAGUGGCAUCUUUACAAUACCGUACAAGUUGGCCAUGAUCUCAAUGUUUCCGACGUUUGGUUAGAAGGGAUUACAGGGAAGGGCGUUAUUACUGCUAUAAUCGAUGAUGGUCUAGAUAUGUACAGCAAUGACCUCAAACCAAACUACUUUGCCGAGGGCUCCUACGAUUUUAACGACAUGGUCCCGGAGCCUAAACCACGACUCAGUGAUGAUAGGCAUGGCACCAGAUGCGCUGGUGAGAUUGGGGCAGCUAGGAAUGAUGUUUGUGGAGUGGGGGUUGCAUAUGACAGUCAGAUUGCGGGAAUUCGGAUUUUGUCGGCACCCAUUGACGAUGUGGAUGAGGCUGCUGCCAUUAACUACGGAUUUCAGCGCAAUGAUAUCUAUUCAUGCUCUUGGGGACCCCCGGACGAUGGCGCCACGAUGGAGGCACCCGGGAUUCUAAUUAAACGGGCUAUGGUUAACGGUAUCCAGAAUGGUCGGGGCGGCAAAGGUUCCAUAUUUGUUUUUGCCGCUGGAAACGGUGCCGGAUACGAUGAUAAUUGCAAUUUUGACGGUUACACAAACAGUAUUUAUAGCAUCACCGUCGGGGCUAUUGAUCGAGAGGGCAAACACCCCAGCUACUCAGAAUCAUGCUCUGCCCAGUUGGUUGUCGCUUAUAGCAGUGGCUCGAGUGAUGCGAUUCAUACCACUGAUGUGGGAACCGACAAGUGCUAUUCUCUUCACGGCGGAACUUCUGCCGCAGGUCCGCUAGCUGCGGGAACAAUAGCACUCGCCCUUAGUGCCCGACCGGAACUAACAUGGCGUGAUGCCCAGUAUUUGAUGGUCGAGACUGCGGUUCCCGUCCACGAAGAUGACGGGAGCUGGCAGGUCACCAAAGAGGGAAAGAAGUUCAGCCAUGAUUGGGGUUUCGGGAAGGUAGAUGCAUAUUCACUGGUCCAGCUGGCAAAGACGUGGGAGCUGGUGAAACCGCAAGCGUGGCUCCACUCACCAUGGCUACGAGUGAAGCAUGAGAUCCCCCAAGGUGACCAGGGCCUCGCCAGCUCAUACGAAGUUACCAAGGACAUGAUGUAUCAGGCUAAUGUAGAGAAACUGGAGCAUGUCACUGUGACCAUGAAUGUCAACCACACACGCCGAGGCGAUAUCAGCGUGGAAUUGCGUAGUCCCGAAGGCAUCGUCAGUCACCUUAGUACGGCGCGAAGGUCUGAUAAUGUAAAGGCUGGCUAUGAGGAUUGGACAUUCAUGAGUGUGGCUCACUGGGGUGAGUCCGGUGUCGGAAAAUGGACAGUUAUCGUCAAGGAUACCAAGGUCAAUGAACAUGUCGGAGAGUUCAUCGAUUGGCGGCUCAACCUCUGGGGAUUGUCCAUCGAUGGAUCCAGCCAGCCCCUUCAUCCUAUGCCCGAUGAGCAUGAUGACGACCAUUCAAUCGAGGAUGCCAUUGUCGCUACUACUAGCGUUCAACCGGGCCCAACUAAGACGGAGCCUCCGUCCAUGCCAACCGAUGCCGUUGAUCGUCCUGUGAAACCAAAGCCAACCUUUCAACCACCAACGCCUUCAGAGGCUCCCGCCGAGGAGACCUCUGGUGCUCCCGCCCCAACAAAACCCAGUGCUACCGAGUCGCCUUCUACUACUUCUUCAGCCGACAGCUUUCUGCCGUCUUUCUUCCCCACUUUCGGUGCGUCUAAAAGGACUCAAGCUUGGAUUUACGCUGCGAUUGGCUCCAUCAUUGUGUUCUGUAUCGGACUUGGGGCCUACUUCCACGUUCAGCGACGGAAACGUCUGCGCAACGAUCCCCGUGAUGACUACGAUUUCGAAAUGAUCGAGGAUGAGGAUGAAACGCAAGCCAUGAACGGGCGUUCUGGCCAUACGCAACGCCGAGGCGGCGAGCUCUAUAAUGCUUUCGCAGGGGAAAGUGAUGAGGAGCCUUUGUUUAGUGAUGAUGAGGAUGAACCUUAUAGAGAUCAUACCCUUAGUGAUGAUCGCGAGCGGCGAGGAAGCACGGGUGGAGAUCAUGCUCGGCAAUAAUUUGGAUUAGACUAUUAUUUUGCUUUUGAUGGUUAGCUGCUUAUCCUGUGAUGAUACUUGUCGGGCGCACUUCACGUUAUAUGGGAAGAUUUUCGUUUCACGGAUCCUGAUGUUGAAUGAAGGCUGUUUGUACAUAAGCUUGUGUUCUGACCAAAUAGACCCCCA